AUGCCGCGGCACCUGAUCCGACGGACCAGCAGCUUCGUGCGGCGCGGGGGAGCCAGAAAGAGCGGGGCGGGCGGAACGAAGGGGGUGGGCGGAACGAGCGGGGCGGGCGAUGCACGUGAGGACCUGCGACGAGGGCGCGGGGGCUUGGCGCGAGUGGUCGCGGGGCAGGUUCGCCGAAAGCGCGUCAAGGUCACGGCACUGGAGGGACACGUGGACAGGGGGGCGCGGGGCGCGGAGGAGGAGGAGGGAGGGGAGGCGCAGAAGGAUGCAAGAGAGUGGGGGGAAGGGGAGACGGAAGGAGAAGGCAAGGCGUGCAGGCGAGUGCGCAGAUGGGCGCAGGCGAAACGGGUGAAGCAGGGGGUGGGGGGAGGGCGGGCGUGGAACGAAGGGGGGAGCCACGGGAGGGCGAGGCGGGUGGCGAGUCACAUGUGGCAUGCAAAGCGAUUCCACAUGGCGGACACGUGGGGUUACAGGCUGGCAUCGAGGCUGCAUGGCAGGUGCGGCCGCAUGAUGACAUGUGCGGUGCAGCACAGAGCAUCCAUCAUGUGCGGUGCAGCACAGAGCAUCCAUCAUGUGCGGUGCAGCACAGAGCAUCCAUCAUGUGCGUUCGUUCCGUCUCUCGCCCCUGUCGCCCCUCCCUGCGCGUGCAGGGGCCGUGGCAGCCGGGCGGUGGUGGAGGCGGUGGGCAGGGCGGCCGUGCUGCACGACGCGUCGUACCACUCCGCCAUCCAGCUCACUGGCGCGCAGGCGGACAUCUCCGCUCUGCUCGCCUGCUGCACUUCCCCAGGCGCACUCCCCCUCGCCUCUCGCCCCGCGCCUGCCACCCCUCACACGGCGCAUGCUGCACGCACAGACAGGGGUGAUGGAGGGGCGGGUGAGGCGGCACGGGGGGAGGCAUGGAGGCGGGGAGUGCUGGAGCUGAGAGCGCUGGUGAGAGAGGGGGGCACGUGUGGUGGGAGGGGGAGGCAGGUGUGGUGA